CAACCGACCGAUGCCCUCCUCUCUGCCUGAGCAGUGAAUCAUGUCACGCCGGAAGCAGAAGCGACCCCAGCAUCUAGUUAACGCGGAUCCAGGGGGCCCAAGGCUGCUCUCUCACGAUGAUCACCUGGGCAUGAAGUCACCAUCCACAUCUCUUGGCUCAGAAGUGACUUCGUCGGGUUCCUCCUCCUCUUCCCCCACCUCUCUCCAAGACUGCCAGCCGCCUCUGGCCCCUCGCCCAUCCCCUGGUGGGCUCCACGCGCCCUCCUUGCCCAGCGAGAGCUCGCCUCCUCCCCACUGGCCCAGCCACAUUGCCCCCUUCACCACUUCCCUCCCAAACACCCACUCUUCCCUCUCCCCAGACUUUCCUCACCCCUCACUGUCAUCCCAGACUCACUCACCUCCUCCCCUGGGUCAAACCUCAGGUUCCCACAGCCUGUCCCACCAAGGAAACUCACACUCCACCAUGACCUCCCCACCAAUGGGCAGCUCAGCCACCACCACUACCUCCUCCUCUUCAUCCUCCUCGUCUUCUCAGUGGGUGCAGCCGCACCGAGGAAGCUCCAGCCCAGGUCAUCAGCAGCCCUCCGGCUCUCCGGGGCAGCAGGGACAGAUCCAGGUGUCGCCAACCCUGGCAAUACUACUAGAGGAGCUGAGGGUUUUACAGCAGAGGCAAAUCCACCAGAUGCAGAUAACAGAGGAGAUCUGUAGGCAUGUUCUGAGGCUCGGAGGCGCAGUCUUUGGUCAAGAUAAUAACACACAGGCCAGUGGUGUGGACAGAGACCGGAAGUCUACAGGAGCAUUAUCUUCCUCACCAACACACCCCUCCACUGCCACGCCAGUCACCACAGCCUCAUCGCUUUUAUCUGGCCUUCCAUCUUCCCUCUUUGCCCAGCCCUCUAUCUCAAAAUCAGGUGCUUCACAUGUCAAUGGCAGCAGAGCUCUAUCCUCCUCUACCUCAUUAUCUUCCUCAUCUAUGUCAUCCACUCUCAGCUCCUCUGUUGCCUCCCUGCACCCUCUGUCCUUGUCACUGGGUUUACCGCCACGCUACCUCCACGAGAAAUCAUCCAACACCUCCUCAUUUGGUCAUAGCAAUGGUAUCAGUUUCCAGACUCCUCCCAUUCCUACCACCAGCCACUCCCAGGAUCUUCAGCCCAGCUCCUCUCUGGGCUCUGCCUCCUCAGCAGGACGCCAUCAUCAUGUGUGCCGUUUUUGUGGGAAGGUGUUAAGCAGCGAUUCGUCACUCCAGAUCCAUCUGAGGUCGCAUACAGGUGAAAGGCCCUACCAGUGUCCAGUCUGCUUGAGCCGUUUUACAACCAGGGGGAACCUCAAAGCCCAUUUCUUGCGACACAGAGAGCAGAACCCAGAGCUGUCCCUCUCGCUGCUGCCCCCAGCACUAUCAGACCAAGCACCUGUUCCUGCUCCUACCCAGAGGAGAAGAAAACGGCGAGCUGAUGAUGACGAGUCGUUUAAUGGAGUGAAAGGAAGCAUUCCUGGGAUGACGGAGAACAUGGCUUUAGGAUUCCUGUCUGGUGCAUCUGCCCGGCCCUCGCCUUCCUCUCUACCUCUGCCGCCGUCAGUGGACAUGGCAUUGUUAUCCACAGCCCAUUCACUGCUUCAGCUGAACAGAGCCUCGGCUGCAGCUGCUGCCAACACAUCCAGCACUGGACUGCCUUCUUCCUCUUCGUCUUCCUCCUCCAUGGGCAGCCAGUUCAAAGGAGCAAAGCAGCAGCGAUUUGAUGAAAACACACCUCCUCACUCUGCCAUCCUUACAACCUCCCCAUAUUCCCAACUGGCCCACCUCCCUAAGAUUCUCUUCCCUGACGGUACCUCCCCUCACCACCUUGCGCUUCUCCGGCCCCCAAGCCACCCAUCCGCCUCACACCUCACUUCGCCACAUCAGCUCCCCUUCCCGUUCCCACCUUUCCCUAAACCAUCAACCUCCUCCCCCUCUUCAUCCUCUCCCAACACCUCUACCAAGACUUCAGACACCUCCAAGUUGCAGCGUCUGGUACAGAAGCUUGAAAAGGGAGGGGCCUCCUCUUCCUUCACCUCCUCACAAACCAUUGCUGAUGCAUACGGCGACACACACGGCCAUGACCUGUCCACCACUUCCAGUGCCUAUCGCAGGGAAAUGUUGGCUGCUCUCGGCCUGAGCCCGAGUACCAAUGCUGCUGGACUGAUGACCAGCCAGGGAAUCUCAGGUUCUGGCACUACAACUACCAUGACUACCCUUUCUCUGCCUACCGCCCAGGCUGCUAAUCAGUGUGGAGUGUGUCUGCGUGUCCUUAGCUGCCCCAGAGCGCUGCGUUUGCACCAAGCCACACAUCUGGGAGAGCGCCCGUUCCCUUGUAAGUUGUGUGGUCGUUCCUUCUCCACAAAGGGAAGCCUCAGAGCCCACCUGGCGACUCACCGUGCAAGACCGGCCAACUCCCGUGCCUUGAACUCCUGCCCGUUGUGCCCACGCAAGUUCACCAAUGCCUUGGUUCUUCAGCACCAUAUCCGAUUGCACCUGGGAGGGCAAAUACCUCCUGACGAAGAUAUGCCACCCGAAGACGAAACAGAGAAUGCUGCCUUUAAUGAGCGUGCAAAUAACUCCCCAUCUAAAGCCCAACAACUUCUUCCUCUGGCCUUAACAACAAGCUCCAAGUCUUCAGUUGAUGCUCUAAACUCAGGGUCCACUUCUAAGAAAUCCACAGCCGCUGAUGCCACUUCUGUAAAAAUAGAGGAAACAGAGGGCUCAACACCGAGUGUUAGCCCACCCCUGACCCGUAAUCCCCCCUCAGUGGGAGCUGAGGACCCCCUGCGUCUGAGAAACAACACCCUAGCUGAUGGUAGCCCCAAGAACAGCUCCAUGGUCUCUGAGGAGGAGACCCGUGCUGACCCGGGCACCACCAGCCCUUUAAAAGCACCCGAAGCUAGCUCUCAUUCAGCUGUAGUGAAUGGAGACGCAGAGGCAGAUGACACCCCUCUAUCCCUCUGUGUUUCAAAGCCUGGAGUAGAAAAUGACACGCUGCAUACAGGGGUUAAUAAUGAUGAAACCUGCUCUACAGACAAACCUACCACAAGUCCCGAUUCUAACCCUAAACCCCCAGCUGCAAAUGCUUCACCUGCACUCACCCCCCCUGCCAGCCCCAAAGCUAUCCCCGAAGCAGAAGAGGCCUGUGACAGUGUACCACAGGAGGCACAAGAGAAAGAUGAUGCCCAAAACAACGGCAAGAGUGAGACUACCACACCCAGAGAGCCUUCAUCAGUUUUGGAUCCAGAGCCAGAGAAGGAUGCUCCAAUGGAGGAGGGUGAUGGCGUACAAGAAAAGCCUUCAGAAGACCCAGAGCCUUCUGUUCCAGCACCAACCCAGCCUCCUCGCUCUGACAAACCCUACAGCUGCUCGCAAUGUGGAAAGGCAUACGCCAGCCGUAGCGGACUUAAGGGCCACAUGAAAACUCACCCUGAAGCGUUGAACAAUACCCCCACCAAGGCUCAAACCAAUGAAACGGACAUUGUGGAGGAUGGCAGCUCGAAUUCAACCAAUAAGAAUCAGGUUCAGCAGGAAGAAGAGCAGGGAUUGGCUAAAUCCCCCAAGAAAGAUGAAAGCACAGAUCCUCUACCAAUCAGUGUGGCUUCUAGUGUGGCGAGCGAGCCUAUGGACACUACUAUGUAG